AUGGAGGCAUUUCAAGUACUUGUAUUCUUUGGAUCUGUUGUUUCCCUACUCUAUUACUACGGCAUCAUGCAAUGGGUCCUGAAACGCAUGGCUUCUUUGAUGCAGCUUACUCUUGGCACCACAGCUGUUGAGUCACUGAAUGCCUGCGCUUGCGUUUUUCUUGGUCAAUCAGAGGCAGCACUGUUGGUUCGUCCAUAUUUGGAAAAGCAAACGCCAUCAGAACUACAUGCGAUAAUGGCAAGUGGUUUUUCAUGCAUUGCUGGCUCUUUGUUCGCUGCAUACGUCUCCUUUGGAGCCUGUCCAAAAUACUUACUGUCUUCUUCUGUGAUGUCAGCUCCAGCUUCACUUGCAUUCGCGAAAAUAAUGUUCCCGGAAGUCGAAGAGAGUGAAUCGCGGAAGGUUUCCGAUCUCAAUCUGCCUCCCAGUGAGGAAAACAAUGCUAUAGAAUGUAUCUCGAACGGAGCAAUGAGCGGAAUCCAUAUUGUAGUGGCCAUCGCUGCGAACCUCAACCUGCUCCAGUAUGUGAUGUUUCCUGUAGCAUAUAUUAUGGGAGUAACUGGAGACACGCGAGAAACGUUAGCUGUUGCUCGUCUCAUUGCCACAAAAACCGCUGUCAACGAGUUUGUGGCUUAUCGACAUCUGGGAGAGAUGAUUUCGGACGAUUCGCUACACAUCACGCCUCGGUCAACUAUGAUUGCCACAUAUGCUCUCUGCAGUUUCUCCAAUCUGGGCACUAUUGGCAUAGCAAUGGGAGUUCUAGGAGGUAUGGCACCAUCAAAGAGAGCAUGUAUUAGCCGAGGUUGGCCUUCCGUGCACUAG